AUGGUAAACUCGGCCAUAUGCACGAAGCCCCUGCCCGCACCACCUUCAGUGGAUGCCAAGCUCUUCAAGAGCUUCGGCGUGGAGGUGGUGUCGGGGUUUGACCCCACCGACUUUACCCCCGAGCAAUUUAUCGAACUGGAGAGGCUCCUGUACGAGCACGAUGUGGUUCUCUUCAGGGGUCUCGACCUGGCCCCAGAGCACCAGUACAAACUCACCAAGGCCUUUGACCCCACUUGUGAGUCAUACGGCCACGGCAACAACCAGACGACCAAGCAGGCAAAGUCCGUGCUGCACCCAGACCUGAAGACCAUCCCCAGCGUGCCCCAAGUCCAGCUGAUUGGAAAUGGGAUCGUGCACGACCACUGGGGCCUGGCCGAGGCCAAGCUCAAGCACCCGCACCAUCGCACCUUCCACAAGGACCCUGUGAGCGAGGAGGACGAGGCGGCGGGGGCCACCCGAUUCUACCGCUGGCACAUCGAUGCUGCCCUGUACGGUGACCUGGCCCCGCCCAAGGUGGACGAGGGCGAGGGUGGUCCUGGGGUGACCUCCCUGUACGCUGUGGCUGCCCCCGCCGGCCCGCCCCAGGUCUGCCGGUACGACGACGGGACGGGGGACGAGCUCGCCGUCCCCCUGGGCACCACCGCCUUUGUCUCCGGCACCACCAUGCUGGACGUGCUCCCGCCCGCCCUGCGCAGCCUGGCGGUGCGCUCCUCGGUCCGCUACGCCCCGCAUCCCUACGUCUGGAUGGCCCGCGCCCAUGCGCUGCCCACGGGCCUGGGCCUCGAGGACGAGGGGCUGGAGGUCCUCCCCGAGGAGCUGCCCCCCUGGGACCCCCGGGACCAGCAGACCCUGCCCGUGUGCUGGCGCAACCCGGUGACGGGGCGCCUGCACCUGCAGGUCCACCCCUGCGCCAUCCAGGCCCUGGUGGUAAAGCCUCUGCCCCCUGGCGCGGCAUCCCGAACGACCGACGCCCUCUACCCCAACGGCGGCGAGGUCACCGACCUGGCCGAGGUGCGGCGCCUGGUCUACGCGCUGCAGCGCCCGGGCAUCGCGCCGGGGCUGGUGUACCCGCACGCCUGGUCCGACGGCGACCUGGUCCUGUUCCACAACCGGGGCGUGCUGCACAGCGUGGUGGGGGCCUUCCGGCCCGACCAGGUGCGCAAGUUCCACCAGUGCAACUUGGCCGCCAGCGACCUCCCUGCAGGGCCCACGCCCGAGGACAUCGCCACGUACGCGUGA